AUGCCAGUCCUGCCGGCAUCGCGACCGCGACUGGCGCCAGUCGCCGUGGCUGCUGUGGCAGCCUUCCCUGGGGUAGUCCUGGCCGCGCCAAGGAGCUUAGCGUUGGCAGUUUUUGCCCUGCUCACAGCAUGUUCACUCAUGGCCUGCUUGCUAUUGCUGGCCGCUGUUGAAACUUUCCCCGGCGCCGCGGAGGCCCCAGGAGCCUCGGAGGAGUUGGACAUCGGCUGGCGCUCAGCAGGAGGGAUCCUAGACACUGCGGCGGUGCUCGUCGCACAGCUUGCGGCGCACGCGAGCUUCGAGGAAACGGCAUCCGUAGACUCCGCGGAUGCAGAGGAGGACUUCCAACGUGGGCCGAUGGCAGAUACUGCCGCGGCUUUUGCGGUUGCUGCGCCGAUCUCCCUGGCGAUGGCCUCCGCUGGGUACCUACGCUUCGGCCGCGAUGUUCAGGGUGACGUGCUGCAGAGCUGGCACGGCGCCACUGGGCCUGGCGCAGUCAUUCUCCAGGCCUCGCGCUGUGCGUAUGCGGUUGUGCUAGUCGGCGGCGUGGCUCUGGCAUCAAAGCCCUGUUUGGCCACCAUCCAAGAACUUCUGGGCACGCGAAGAAGUGCACCAGGUGCAGCGCAGAGAGCUUCGCAGCAUCGUGGGGCCAUAGUGCUGUCGUUGUGCGCACUUCUCACAUGGCUUCAAGAGGACCUGGGUCGUCAACUACGAGUCCUGGGCGCACUUGGCGCUUCGCCGCUCGCGCUUCUGCUCCCUCCGCUCUUUCAUAUCGAAAUGGCACGGAGACAGUUUGGCCGCGACAUCUUCAGCCUGGACAAUUUGGGCGCCAUGUUCAUCAUGGCUCUCGGUGUGGCCAUCACCGCCGGCUGUCUGUUUGACACAAUCGCUUCUUCAAUGAGCCCGCCUGCCGGACAUCGCGGUGAGCGUGUCGUUGUGUCCUCCCUGGAGAACAUCACCACUCAUCGCUGGCAACGCUGA